GCAGCGGUAAAGUCAUAUAUCUGGCCAGUGCACAGUGCAACCCUUCUGCUCCCGCUGGAGAGAGAGACUACAAAUCUACAACGAAUAUAAAAUGAAAGAAGAACAUUUUACUCAUUCCUGUUAACGUUUAUUUUGUUGGUUAAAGCAUUUAUUUUUUUUGUGUCUGCCUUUUAUUUGAAUUGCUUACAACCGCGCGUUGUCGUACACAAAACGCGCAAUCAUCGCCGUCUUCAAGUGAAAAUUAACCGAUCUCCAUUUCAAUUUUCAACUUCAACCUUGCCAUUUAUUUUUUGACAAUUUUUUUUUGCUUGUGAGAAUAACUGCAAACUGGAAGAAGAAAGAACAAAAAAACUGUUAUCGAAUGACUAGCGCGGGAAAAAACGAAGGCACAAAUUCUGCCGAGUUGCCAGCCCGAAAUUGGAAACGAAAAACGAAAAACGAAAAUUGCCACAAAUGCUGACAAGUAACUAAACAAACACAGCGGCAGACCGCUGAGGAACAGAAUGUGGAGGAUAGCUGGGAGUGCUGGGACGACACUGGCGAUGCAUCGGAUGGACAGGGAGAUGCCGCAGCAAACACGGGAUCGGGACUCGUGGACAUAGCACUGGGCAACGGCGAUGUGUCCCGCCUGAGCGCUCGCAUCGCAGAGUUGGAGCAGCACAAUGGACAGCUGAACGCCUCGCUGGAGGAGCUGGACGCUCAGCAUGAGGCGGCCAUGCAGGAUGUGCUGGCACGCAAGAAGCAGCUGCAGGGGCAGGUGGAAGAGCUGCGACAGCUGCAGGCGGAUCGCAUGGUCGAGCACGAAAUGGCCAUUGCGCGCCAGCAGAAGCAGCUGGAGGAGCGCUGCAAGGCGGAGAGCUCGCUGGCUGCGGCCAGGGAGGAGCUGCAGCAGCAGCUGGAGCAGCAGGCGCUGGCGCUGAAGCGCGGUGUGCUGGAGCUGGCCGAGAUGCAGGAGCUGCUGGAGAAGCGUGGCGCGGACAACAAUGAGCUAAUCGAUCGAGUCCGCCUGGCCGAGGCGGAACGGGAGAAGCUGCUCAAGGAGCUCGAUGAGCUCAAGCUGGCCAAGGAGAAGAAAACCUCCGAGUCGUCCUCGAACAGCUCCUCCACCUCCACGAAGCACAGCGAGGAUGAGUUCAUUGUGGUGCGACAGGCAGAUGCCGCUUCCGGCUGUGGCUCUGGCUCUGGCUCCGAUCCCGACCCCGAUCCGGAUCCCACCCAGCCGCCGUCCAAGGAGAAGCUGCGCGACAGGCUCGUCCAACUGGAGUCUCGCAUCGCGGAGCUCAGUCUGGCCAAUGGCCAGCUGCAGGAUGCUCAGCUGGAGAAGGAGCUCUCCUCCAGCCUGCUGAGCGAGCAGCUCGCCGAACUGGAGUCCCGCCUCCGCAUCAGCGAGGCCGAGAAGGAGCAGCUGCAGCUGGACGUGCAGUUCAAGCUGCAGCAGCUCACCAUGCAGAAUCAGGUGCUGAAGCUGAACGCUGAGGCUGAGCAGGAGACGCAUUCGCACGAUUUUGAGCAGCAGCUGGAUGCCCUGCGCGCCGACAAUCGGCGUCUGCGGCAGGAGCUGGACGCCAGCAUAGCACAGGCCAAGUUCCGGCAGGCCAUUGCCGAGGAGAAGCAGGAGAUAACCGACCUGGACGAUGCCGAGGAUGAUCUGGAGAAGCUUCGCUCUCUGCUGCAGGCCCAGAUCGAGGAUCGCCUCGCCACAGCCGCACCGCAGCACAGCCUGGAGCGAGCCUAUCGUGUCCUGAGUGAGCGCUGGCAGCGCCUCGACGCCGCCGAGCAGCGGCUGGGCGAGCUGCAGGAACAGAAGCGGAUCAGCGAGCACGAAAAGAAGACCCUGGAGGCAGACAUCUCGCAGUACAUUCUGCAGUGUGACGAGCUGAUGAAGAACAACGAGCUGCUGCUCAACGAACUCGACAAGUUCAAGCGCAACAAGCUGGAGACCAUCGAGGAGCAUCACGAGGAGACCAUCGUGCAGCUGGAGGGUCAGCUGGAGGAGGCCCGACAGCGCCUUGAGAUGGCGCACGAAGCGCAGAAGCGGCUUCAAUCGCAGCUGGAUGCGGUGGAGAGCGACAAGGAGAAGGAGCUAAAAGAGAGCCAGAGCAGGCUGGACCAGAAGGGCUCACAGCUGGAGGAGGCACGGCAGCAGAUCGAAGAGCUCCAGUGCCAGCUGGCAACGCUUCAAGAUCAGCUACGUGCCAAGGAUGAGCGGUUGGAGCAGCUCCAAGAGCAGAUGCAGGCCAGGGACGAGCAGCUAAGCACAAUCCAGCAGCUGGGAGAGCGAGAGAAUGAGCAGAUCAUCGAUCUGGAGAGGCUCAAAGAACAGAUCCAGGCCAAGGACGAGCAGCUGGAGCAGCAGGCCACAGAUCUUGAGCAGCUGAAAGAACAGCUGAGCAGCCUGCAGCUGAGCGCGGAUCAGUGGAAGAGUCAGCUGCAGCAGAGCAACGACAGUCACGCCAAGGAGAAGGGAGACCUGAUCCAGGCGCUCCAGCAGAAGCAUGCGGAGAACACUCAGUACUAUGGAGAGAUCCAGCGGCUGCAGCCCUUCGAGCAGCAGCUCGGAGUGCUCGUUCGCGAGCGCGAGAAGCUCGAGGAUCAGUUGCGGCGAGUGCAGGAGCUCAAGGAGAAGUCCGACAUGCGCAUUGCGAGCCUGCUAACAGAGCAGAGCAGUCAGGCGCAGGCUUCCCAGGAGGCACUGGAGCAGCAGGCGAGCAUUCAGCGCGACUUGGAGCGUCUUCGUGCCCAUCUGCUCGAGGUGGAGGAGCUGCACACUCAAGAGACGGUGGAGUUGCAGCGCGAACUGGACGAGUCGCGCACCAAGCAGUCGGUCCUGCAGCAUGAAGUGUCCAAGUCCUGUACAGCCUACACAUCAGCAAGCAUUCGGGCGAAUCAACAGGCGGAGACGCUGCAGGCACAGCAUGCCCUGCUGCAGCAGCAACGUGACGACUUGCUGGCCAAAUUGGGGCAGUGCGAGGAUCGUGAGAUGAAGCAGCAGGCGGCACUGACCAAUCUGCAGUGUGCACUGGAGCAGUUUCAGAAUGACAAGGAGCACGACAUUGAGAUGGCCACGCAGCGCAUUCGUCGCGAGAUGCAGGCCCACGUGGACAGGCAGGAUCAGCUGCAGGCGGAGAUGGAGGCCAUGCAGCAGCAAUUGGCGGAGGCCAAUCAGGGAUUGCGGGCGGCGGCGCGCCUCUCCGAUCAGCUGGAGGCGGGACAGCAGACGAUCGCCGUGCUCCGGGAUGAAGUGGAGAGCCUGAAGGAGGCGAACGAUCAGCUGGAGCAGAGGCUCAACAGCAGCGAGAGCAGCCAGACGGACAAGAUCGACAAGAGCCUGAUCAAGAGCCUGCUGAUAGGGUAUGUGGUGAGCGGUCAUGCAGGGGACAAGCAGCAGGUGCUGCGCCUGAUAUCCUCCGUGCUGGACUUUACCGCCCAGGAGUCCGACAAGGUGGGUCUGAAUAAGCAGCAAAGCAGCUGGCUGGGAGCCAUACUUGGCGGAGGACCAGCGUCGGGCAGCUCAGCCCCUGGUCGCGGUAAUGAGAAUCUAGUGCAGGCAUUCGUGCAGUUCCUCGAGCAGGAGUCACAGCCACAGGCAGCGACACAAACGAGACCGAACCUUCUCAGUAUGACUGGCCAGGUGGAUACGACGACGACGACGACGACACCGCCACCGCCGCACCCACAGACUGGGCAAGGGCAGGGGCAUGUUGCCACAGCAGUGCCCGCGGGCCAAGACCAUGGAUCAGCGCCACCACCAUCAGCAUCUCCGCCUGCAACUGGCCCUGCACAUUCGCUGUCCAUGAGCUCCAAUGAGUUUGCACCCUCACGCAACUCCAGUUCGAUAUUGAAGGAUAUUCUCAGCGAUUCUUGAUUCUUGUAGAAAGCCAAACCAAAUGGCUCGACCCCCCUACUCCACUACUCCACUUCGCCUUUGCUUUUGAAUCAUUUUAAAGCGUAUUUUUUGUCUUCUAUAUAUGUAACCCAAACAAACAUAACGACGCAUAUACAUAGGCAUAUGUAUCUCCGUGUAUGUUACAUAUAACAAUAUAUAUUUCUAGUUAUAUCAGUCCCUCCCUUGUGCAAUGUCUGUGUAUGUGUGCAGCAUUAGAAAUGUGUAAAUAUGUAAUAGCCAACAUGAGUACGAUGCCCUGGCAGCAUUUCGGGGGGUGCCUCCCGAACGCCUGCUGCCAUGGACAAGCCUUCGCAGGGGCCUUGCUAACAAGUAGCCUAGCCGCCAACCAAUAAACGAAUCAACAACAAACAA